UCGUGUGCGGUCGUCUGCUUCGUACCUUUCCGGUGCACCGUGUCGCGUGUGUGUAGAAUGGGGGGAAAAUGUGAAAUUAAUGUGUGGUUCAGUGAUAAAAUGAUAAUGAAUCACUAAUUGAAGAAUUUAUAAAGCGUCCGUUAGUGUUUUAGUGCUGUAAAUUCCGUUUGAUUACGCUGCUCGUUGGCGUCCCUUGUCGAUCGUUGUUGGAGCAGUGUGUGUGUGUGUGCGUAAUUGCGAAAAAUGAAAGAAGAGUGGUCCGUCGUCUACUGUGCAAGUGGAAAAGAGAGAGAGUGCGAAAAAAAGUCAAUCGAAAGCGUCUCCGUAGUGUUCGCGUUGCUGCUUGGCGCCAUUUUUCAAAAUGCUGCCUGUGUGAUAUCAUGUCAUGUUAUCCGUGUAGUUGUGCGUUCGGGUGUGAUAAGAACACGUUCGGAUUGAUGAAUGAAGCGAUGCGGCGUCCAGACACUCACUAGUUCAGUCAACCACCGAAGGCUUCGCUGCCGUCAUCAUCGAACUGUAACGACAAACUUCCCGAAAGGCAUCGACGCGGUACCAUUGGAGAGACGGUGGCAGGAAGGCCAGGUGGGACAGAAGGAGGAGGAAACCCAUCGGAUGAGUUUUCCUUUUGUGCGCGUUCCAGCGAACCAGAGUGCCGGUGUCGGUGAGUUCAGGGAGCUACAGGUAAAUUCAAUUGCCAAAACCAUCGUCCUGGCUCGCUCAGGCUUUCUCUGCCUGUGUCUGCUUGUGUGUGAUCCUUGCGGCUCGGCCCGGCGUGCAGAUAAGAAAACGAACGAAGGAAUCAAACGAGUGGAAGAUUCACAAACGAUAAGAGAUUAAUCGAGUAGCAAAAGGCAUUCAGCUGGGAUUAGUGUAGCGUUGAACACAGAGCAGUUUGACGAAUGGGGAUGGGCGCCCGGGGUGCAAAGGAAAGGAUCUCGGGAUAUCCAUUAUAGAGCAUUCGAAAACGGAUCGCUUUGUUGCGACACAUUCUUCGUUUUUGGCUGCUUCUUUUCGCCGUCUUUUGUCCUUUAUUUGGCUUCGUUACCAUUAUUUCUCGUGAGGGGGGGGGGGGGGGUGCUUUUGCUUGUUAGAGCGCGAUCGGCUUGCAACAAAUUUGGGG